UCCGAGGCAGUCGAGUCCGUCAGUCGGAGCCGUUUCUCUUCGCUUGUUGGAACGCGACAACGACAACGACAACGACAACGAAAGCGAAAGCUUUGUGUGUACAAACAACUUAUAUAUAGAACUAACCAGCCCCCGCUUUAUCAGUCGGCAAUAACGUUGAAAUGAGACAGCUCUUGCGUUGCACCUUGGCCCUGGCCGGUCAACGCGCUCCCAUGGCCUUGAGUGGACAGGGCCGGCGAGGCAUUGCCUGUCUGUCCGCCCUGCCGGAGCACUAUCAGAUGCUGCAGAAGACGUGUCGGGAGUUCGCUAACACGGAGCUGCUGCCGUAUGCUGGCCAACGCGAUAGGGAUCGGUGUUUUCCGCCGGAACUGCCGCGACGUCUGGGCGAACUGGGACUGCUGUCGGUGACCGUGAAGGAGCAGUAUGGCGGCGCCGGCUUGGGUUAUCUGGCCUAUGCCAUUGCCAUGGAGGAAAUUGCUCGCGGAGAUGCCGCUCUGGCCAUUCUAAUGGCCGUGAAUAAUUUGUAUUUGGGUGCAGUGCAGCUACAUGGCACCGAAGCGCAGAAGGAGGAGUUCCUUGUGCCCUACACACAGGGCGAGAAAAUCGCUUUCUAUGCGCUUUCCGAGCCGGGCAAUGGCUCGGAUGCAGGUGGUGCCUCCACAACGGCCGUGGCUGCCGCAGAUGGCAGUGGCUAUCUGCUCAAUGGCACCAAGGCGUGGAUAUCGAACUCCAAGGUGGCCAGUGGCGGCCUCAUCUUUGCCACCAUUGACAAGUCAUUGAAGAACAAGGGCAUCACAGCUUUCCUGACCCGCAAGGAUGUGCCCGGUCUGUCCGUGGGCAAGAGGGAGAGCAAAAUGGGCAUGCGUGCCUCCUCCACCUGCCAACUAGUGCUGGAAGAUGUGCACGUGCCACGACAUCAAGUGCUGGGCUCACCGGGUGGCGGCUUUAAGGUAGCCAUGCAAUCGUUGGACUGCGGACGCAUUGGCAUUGCUGGCCAGGCCACGGGCAUUGCACAGGCGGCCCUCGAGCUGGCCGUGGAUUAUGCGCAGAAGCGUCAGGCUUUUGGGCAGCCCUUGGGAAAACUGCAGAUGGUGCAACAAAAACUGGCGGACAUGGCGCUGCGUGUGGAGGCGUCCAGGCUGCUCAGCUGGCGAGCGGGCUGGUUAAAGGAUAAUGGCCUGCCCAUGACCAAGGAGGCGUCCAUGGCAAAAUUGUAUGCGUCCGAAGCCGCCACAUUUUGUGCCCAUCAGUGCAUCCAAAUAUUGGGUGGUAUGGGCUAUGUCACUGAUAUGCCCGCCGAGCUUUAUUAUCGCAAUGCUCGGGUCACCGAAAUCUAUGAAGGCACCUCCGAAAUACAGCGAAUUGUGAUUGCCAGCGCCAUAAUUCGGGAGUAUGCCAAUCAGUAAGAGCUCAGACGGUGCGACUGCAGGGCAGCAUUAAUUGUAGCGACAAAUUUUAAAUUUUAUUCACAUUUGACUCAAUCGCUUGUAUUGGACUUAAUUUUCGUUAAAAUGUUCAAUUUAUAAGCUAGCCACCUAGCGGUCGCACAAACUAGCUUCUGUCAGCUAACACACAUCGAUAGACUGCAUAUAUGGGUGUAAUUUCAUUUCCAAAAAAGUUAGGUAGUUUUUAUGAACUGUAGCAAUAAACUUUUGAAUUUAUAAAAA